CCGAGGGGACGGCCGGCCGCCUGCAGCCAGCCACCCGCCGGGGUUUCUCCGGCCUCAUGAUGCCACCGUGGGGAGCCGUCCUCGCCCUGCUCCUGGCCGCGCUCGCCCUGCUUGGACUGCUGGCCCCCUGGCUACGGCGCCCAGGGAGGCGCGCCGUCGGAGCCAAGACCCUGCCCGACGUCGGGCACCAAGACGACGAAGCGGAGGUGGAAGGCGGAGACCUCGCGGGCCAGCUCAGCCACUGGCGCGAGCCGCUGCCCGGCGGGUGCCGUCUCAUCUGCAAGCCGUCGGCGCUGGCCCAGUGCCUGCUUCGCGCUUUGCGGCGAUCGGCGGCGCUGGAGAGCGGCCCUCGCUCCUGGCUCUCCGGGCCCCACCUGCAGACCCUCUGCCACUUCAUCUUGCCCGUGGGGCCGGGCCCAGAACUGGCCCGCGAGUACCUGCAGUUGACGGACGACGGGCUGGUGGCCCUAGACUGGGUGGUGGGACCUUGCAGCCGAGGGCGCCGAGUCACCAACGCUGGAGGCCUUCCGGCGGUGCUGCUAGUGAUCCCCAAUGCGUGGGGGCGCCUCACCCGCAACGUGCUCGGCCUCUGCCUGCUGGCCCUGGAGCGCGGCUACUACCCGGUCAUCUUUCACCGCCGCGGCCACCACGGCUGCCCGCUGAUCAGCCCUCGGCUACAGCCUUUUGGGGACCCGUCAGACCUCAAAGAGGCCGUCACUUACAUCCGCUUCAGACACCCGGCGGCCCCGCUGUUCGCAGUGAGCGAGGGCUCCGGCUCGGCGCUGCUGCUCUCCUACCUGGGCGAGUGCGGCUCCUCCAGCUACGUGACCGGCGCCGCCUGCAUCUCGCCGGUGCUACGCUGCCGCGAGUGGUUCGAGGCCGGCCUGCCCUGGGCCUACGAGUGGGGGUUUCUGCUCCAACAGAAGAUCGCUCUCAGCAGGUACGCCACAGCCCUGGAAGACACCGUGGACACAGGCAAACUCUUCCAGAGUCGCUCCCUGCGAGAGUUCGAGGAGAACCUCUUCUGCCACACCAAGAGUUUCCCCAUCAGCUGGGACACCUACUGGGACCACAACGACCCCCUCCGGGACGUGGAUGAGGCGGCUGUGCCCGUGCUGUGUAUUUGCAGUUGUGAUGACCCAGUGUGCGGACCCCCAGACCACACUCUCCCUACUGAGCUCUUUCACAGCAACCCCUAUUUCUUCCUCCUGCUCAGUCGCCACGGAGGCCACUGUGGCUUCCUGCGCGAGGAGCCCUUGCCAGCCUGGAGCCACGAGGUCACCUUGGAGUACUUCCGGGACUUGACUGAGUUCUUCCGCGCGGAAGAGAGGAUGAAAGGGCUGAGCAGGCGCCGAGCUUCCUUCCUAGGGGGCCGGCGUCGCUGGGGAAACCUCCAGAAGCGGGAGAUCUCCUCCUCUUCCAAUCUCGAAAUCUUUAGCUGGAAGCGGUCAUAUACAAGGUGAGACCUG